AUGGAUCCCUUUUCCAAGAAGCGCAAGCCCGACGAGAACGGCGCCGUCACCGCCUCUCCAGCCGGUGGGGCUGCCACGCUGGGCCUCACCCGCGACGACGUCCUCCGCCUCCUCGAGCCGCUCUCCCGGGACCAGCUCGCGGACAUCGCGGCCGCCGCCGCGCUCGUCUCGGCGCACGCGCUCGACGCCGUGCGCGCAGCCGCCGACCGCGACCCGGCCCUCCGCAAGCUCUUCGUUCGGGGGCUCGGGUGGGAGACCACAUCCGACUCGCUCCGCGCCAUCUUCUCCUCCUAUGGGGACCUCGAGGAGGCCGUCGUCAUCACUGACAAAGCCACGGGGCGGUCCAAGGGCUACGGUUUCGUCACCUUCCGCCACGCUGAUUCCGCCGUCCUCGCACUCAAGGAGCCAUCCAAGAAGAUCGACGGUCGCAUGACUGUCACGCAGCUCGCCGCCGCCGGCUCGGCAGGCGGGCCGUCCGGUGGGGCCGCCGGCAGUGGCGGUGCUCCUGUGGCUGAUGUGUCGCUCCGGAAGAUCUUCGUUGGGAACGUUCCUGCAGACAUGCCGUCGGAGCGUCUCCUUGCGCACUUUGCCGCCUAUGGCGAGAUUGAGGAGGGGCCGCUGGGGUUUGACAAGCAGACGGGCAAGUUCCGGGGCUUUGCACUUUUCGUUUACAAGACACCUGAGGGUGCGCAGGCAUCCCUAGUGGACACGGUCAAGGUAAUUGACGGCCACCAGCUUGUAUGCAAGCUUGCCAUAGAGGGGAAGAAGGGGAAGCAGGGGCAAUCACAGCAAUCUGGCCCUGGCAACCAGCAGCAGCAGCAGAUGCUGCCGGGUGGUCCGCAAGACAUUCAGGGAGGCCUUGGGCUUGGGUCACAAAUGGGAGCGCAGUAUGGUGGCCCUGGGAACGGUAUGCCUUCGUUUGGUUUUGGUGGUGUUGGCGGCGGGUUUGGGGGUCCAAACCCUUAUGGUAACAUGCCAUCUUCCAUGGGUGGAGGAGGCGCAGGUGGUUUAGGGUCGAUGGGAGGCCAGGUGCCCACUGGGCUGGCUGGUGCUGGGGCUGGUGCAUUUGGGCCUGGGGGAUUGGGUGGUGGCUCAUUUGGGGGAUCAUCUCAGUUUGGUGCUGCUGGGAUGGGGGCAUAUGGUGGCCUUGGAAUGGGUGGAGGCUCCAUGUACCGCAUGCAACAGGGAGCAGGUGGGCUGCCUGCAGGCGCAUUUGGAGAAGGAGGCAACUAUCCUCUUCCAGGUUCUGGUUUCCGGGGCCAGGAUCCUCAAGGUGGAAUGUCUCCUCCUGGUCCAGGUGCCAGGGCUCCUCCUAUGUAUCCCAACGUGCCGCCUUAUUUCUAA